GGGCGUUCUGGGGCCCCGCCCACCGGCGAGUCACGUGGGCCUUCAAAAUGGCGGCGCACAGGCGACAGGCUGGGGCUGACCCGAAAGGUUCAGGUGCUACGCCGGUGGGAGACGGAGAAGCGCCCGAGGACAUCAAGAUGGCAAUUUAUAUGCAUGGUCAGCCCAGUCUUUCUCUAGGAGAUGCAAAACUCAGAAGACCAAUGGUCAUCGACAUCAUAGAAAGAAAAUUCGAGUACCUUAGAAAAGAAAAGACCUUAAAUGUACCUGGAAUGGUAUUCCUUGGGACAACAGCUAGUUUCUUUGGAAUAUUUGCAAACUUCAUUUUCAGAUACUGCUUCAAGGUUAAAUAUGAUGCUUUGAAGACAUACGCACCAUUGACUGCACUUCCAUUUUUAUCCACUAUAGUUACUUAUAAGUUCCUUGUAACUGAUGCUUUGUAUUCAGGUAAUAUAAGCAAGGAAAAUUGUGUUCUGAGAAGUUCACUGGUUGGCAUAGCAUGUGGUAUUUUAUAUCCCAGUGCAUUAGCUUUUUCUAAAAAUGGACGUCUAGCAGUCAAGUAUCAUACUGUUCCAAUGCCACCAAAAGGAAGAGUUUUAUUACAUUGGUUACUACUUUGUCAAACAGAGAUGAAAGUAAUGGCAAUUCCCCUAGUCUUUCAGACAGCAUUUGGAAUACUUAUUGGCCUACAGCACUAUGGAAUGUUUGAGAAAACUGUACAAGAAGAUUAAUGAAAGAAUGAGCUAACUCAGCAGAGUGAAUUGUUUAUGCAUUGUUGAAAGAGUGAAAAGUAACUGUUUCUGUCCCUUUUGUCUAGUACGUAACUGAUACUCAGUAAAUAUUUAGUAAUUCAAUAAAUGUAAAUGUAAAAUAAAA